AUGGCGGCUCUGCUUUUGAGCAAUGCUUGCUUCCCUGCUUUUAAUCGGAGUACAGUUCCUACAGUUCGAGCUGUGGCUUCUGAACAAGGGAGUAUUGGUUUGAGGACAGCUGAGGAGAGCAAAGUGAAACUUGGAGGUUCAGAACUGCAGGUGACCAAGCUUGGUAUUGGGGCUUGGUCAUGGGGUGACACCACCUAUUGGAAUAAUUUUGAUUGGGAUGAUCGCAAAUUGAAAGCUGCUAAGGCCGCUUUUGAUACCAGCAUUGAUUGUGGUAUAACAUUCUUUGAUACUGCCGAAGUCUAUGGUUCACGGAUGUCAUUAGGUGCAAUUAGCUCUGAAACCUUACUUGGGAGGUUUAUCAAGGAAAGGAAGCAAAAAGAUCCUGAAGUCGAGGUAGCCAUUGCUACCAAAUACGCAGCUUUGCCGUGGAGGCUCGGUAGACAAAGUGUCAUUUCUGCACUUAAGGACUCUUUAGCCCGUCUCGAGUUAUCUUGUGUGGAUCUCUAUCAGCUCCAUUGGCCAGGAAUAUGGGGAAAUGAAGGAUACAUUGACGGUCUAGCCGAUGCUGUGGAGCAGGGUCUUGUGAAAGCUGUUGGUGUAUCAAACUAUAGUGAAAAGCGUCUUCGUGCUGCUUAUGAUCAGCUCAAAAAGAGAGGCAUACCUCUGGCUUCAAACCAAGUGAACUACAGCCUGAUUUAUAGGCUCCCGGAGGAAAAUGGUGUGAAAUCCGCAUGUGAUGAAUUAGGAAUCAGUUUAAUAGCAUAUUCGCCACUCGCUCAAGGUGCUCUAACCGGGAAAUAUACCCCAAAAAACACACCCUCAGGUCCUAGGGGACGAAUUUACACCUCCGAAUUUAUGACGAGACUACAACCUUUGAUAAACCGGAUAAAAGAAAUAGGGGACAACUAUGGAAAAACUCCAACUCAGGUUGUACUAAACUGGUUAGUUGCACAAGGAAAUGUGGUUCCUAUCCCGGGAGCAAGAAAUGGGGAACAGGCCAAGGAGUUUUCAGGUGCCGUGGGUUGGAAGCUUAGUGAAGAACAGGUCGAGGAGCUUCGGGCCAUGGCAUCAGAAAUAAAACCUGUUAUUGGCUUCCCAGUUGAGAAGUUGAUGGAUAAUUUGCUUUCUGAUUGGAAUACUGAGAUAGGAGUUGGGUUCCCUUUGCCUCUUCAGAAAAAACCUCAGAGAGUAGAGAAUGACCUUGGGGAGCUCUUAUGGAAGAACGGUGGGGUAGUCCUAAACAGCCAAACAAAUAAAAAGCAACCGAAACAAGUAGCAAAGCACGGCCAAUCAAAUCCAAUCAACUCGAUUCAAGAUUACGACGCACUCUCAUGGGUCGACGAGACCCUUGAUAAAGAUCUCUUUUCGAGCCUCUUACCCGAAAUCCCUUCUUCUAAUCCGGCCCAUCCAAACAGGCCCUUGGUGAAAUUCAAAAAUGAAAAACUUGUCAAAUUUGAUUUAUCAGAGAUUAAUAAUGUUUCACCUCCUGUCCUGCCUACUCCGACUUUCGACCAGAACUUGGAAAGUGCCAAUAUUAAUAAAGUACAGUUUCCGGCUGAGAAACACACAACGGGUUGGGUUGACCGGGUCCCAGUCACCGAGUGCUCGGUUAAAACCGUUAACUCGAGCCAUUGUGCAAGCAAUCAGGUCACGAAUGAUGUGGAUAUGAGUUGGGCCUCCUCCAGCUGGGAGCUAGGUGGCAAAACGCACUUUGCUGGGCCCGAAGGGAAAUGUGGUGGAAAUAUGGGCCGUCAAUGUGAAACAGAUAAAGAGAAACUUACGUCUUGUUCCGGAGGGUGUGGAUGUAGUUUCCGGAACAAAUUGAGCGAGACCAAUAGCCUCAAAAGGAAGAGCCGGGACGUGGAGGAAUCUGAGUGCAGAAGUGAUGCAACUGAGUUAGAGUCAGCUGCAGGAGAUAAGUCGGCCCAGAAAGCUACUCGGAGGAGCCGCGUGGCUGAAGUGCAUAACCUGUCCGAGAGGAGAAGGAGAGACAGGAUCAACGAGAGGAUGAGGGCAUUGCAGGAGCUUAUACCUCACUCGAACAAGUCAGAUAAAGCGUCCAUGUUGGAUGAAGCAAUCGAGUACAUGAAAUCUUUACAAUGGCAGCUUCAGUUGUUGUGGAUGGGAAGUGGCAUGGGGCAAAUGAUGCUACCGGGCAUGCAGCAUUAUAUGUCCCGUUUUGGAAUGGGUAUGGGCCCGCCAGUUCAUCCAGCUAUUUCGAAUCUCGUCAAUCUAUCGAGAUUGCCACUUGUUGAUCAGGCCAUGAAUGUAACUUCUGGCACAAAUCAGGCACCGGUCAGUUAUCAGAACCAGAUGGUGCCAAAUUCGAGUUUUGUCGAGCCGUAUGGUAAUUAUAUGGGAUUUUGCUCGUUGGCAAAUGCUCCACAGCCAACAAAUGUGUUCGACUUCGGUUUACAUUCAACACAACAGAAUCAGCUACCGAAACCUCCAAACAACGGCAAUGUCUUCAUGGAAUAA